AUGAAAAGUUAUUUUUCUUCUUGGAAACCAUUUUGGAAAUCAACAAAUAAUUCUUGUCAUUCCCGAACAUUAACAUUGGCACCAUCAAAUAUUAAUUUUACAAGUUCAAGUUUAGGUGAUUUAAGACAUUCAGUCAUCGAUGAAAAAUUAAUGAUUGAUAUAUCAACAAAAUUAAUGGAAAGUGAUUGUCCACCAAAAUUACAAAUAUGUGCACAUAAUAAUCAAUGGUUUGCUUUAAAUAAUAGUCAUUUACUUGUCUAUCGACAAUUAGAACGUAUUGGUCUCUGUGAUACAGUUGUAUGCGAUAUCAUUCGAAGUCAAGAUGUACCUGUUGGUAUACGACAAACACUUAUACCUGUUACAACAACUGAUCAAGAACAACAUCAUUGUUUUCAACAUUCAAGACGGCGUCAUAGUGAUCAAUAUAUGCUUAUGGACGAAGAAGGACAGCAAAAUCAAGAUGAGAUAUUAUAUUGUGCUGAUACUCAAAUAGACUCAUGUGGUUACUUUGAAGGUGAAGAUCAAUGCGAUUGUAGUGUUGUAACAUAUGGUGAAAGUGAUCAUGAUGAAGAAUCUGAAGAUGAGCAAACAGAUGAUAAUUAUGGUGAAUGGCAAACAAGUCCAUCAGUACCUGUUACACAAAUUAGUACAAUCAGUGAUAAUCGAUUAGAUGAUAUCGAUAAUGACGAUGAAAUCGAAGAUAAUCAGAAAGAGAUGCAAAGUUUAUUAUAA